AUGGCGGUACGGGCGCACUACUACCUGGCAGAAUUUGGCCGCCACCGCGUGCUGGAUGGCAAACUGGGAUUGCAUGGCCGGCGCCCCCAGCUGAUACGCCAGGACAUCGUGCUUUUGCUGCUGAACCUGGGAGCCGACCCGCGAGCCGACGACCAGUGGAUAUUUCGGUUUGCGUGCUCGCACGGCUGGACAGUGAUAGUGCAAAAGGUCCUACGAAUGUGUCUGCACAGCAUUGACACGGCAGACGGCACGCGGCAGGUGCUGCGGGAAUGCCCCGAGAUGCUGUUUGAGGAAAGCAGCGGCGGGCUGGAGAACUGGCGCGGGUCAGCUGCAGUUAAUAUCCGGAGUGAGCACUUGUGCAGGCGCAUGCAGCACCUUAUCGAUGUGCAUGCCGAUGACGAUGAGGCCCUGAGAAUUGCCUGCGGCAUGGGGUUCACAGGCGUGGUGCGUGCGCUGCUGCAGGCCGGUGCUGACGUCAAUGUUCUUGAUGGCGAGCCUCUGGUGCUCGCGGCGACGCAUAUGCAGACGGCUGUGGUGAAGAUGCUGAUUGCUAAUGGCGCCAGCGUCAUGGCCGACCACGUCAAGGCAUUGCGGUCGGCGGUGCUGGUCGGCGACGCAAACAUGGAGUGUGUGACAUGCCUGCUUGAGGCUGGUGCCGACCCGCAGGCCAUGGACAAUAGCAGCCUGCUGACGGCAUGCUACAAGGGCGAUGGCGAGUUCCCAAAGCCGCCGCCGCUGAGAGACUACUGUAGUGAUUUAGAUAGACCAAUGUCGCGUGCGCACCUACUAAAGUUCUCCUAUGCGGGCGUGCCCAGCAAUGGGCCGCUGUAUGACUCGCCAGCGAUCAGAAAUGCGGGCCCUCUGUCUCCGUCAAUGAUGCCGCGCCAGCCGCGCCGGUACCGUAACCAGGCGCAAGCUUCGCGGUAUGCCUCGCAGUCGGGCAGCGUGCUCUCGCCUGCUGCUACUGCCAUGUCAUCGGUAGUGGCAACCCCUACCAAUCCCGCCAGUGGCUCAACCAGCUAUCACGACAAGCUGACGCCAUCUUCUCCGACAACACACAUUGGUCUGGUGCGGCUAUUGCUGGCCCGCGGAGCCAACGCAGAUGCGCGCAACGGCCGUCCCCUGGUUUACGCGUGCUCGCGCGGGUCCACCCGGAUUGCAGCAAUAUUGCUUGCAUAUGGCGCACACGUGAGCAAGGACGAGGCCCUGUGCGAGGCUGCCGAGUGCGGGCACCUGGAGACCAUACGACUACUGGUUAAUGCCCAGGCGAAUGUGCAUGUGGGGGAAGAAUGUCCGCUGCGGAAUGCUGCGCGUGGCGGCCAUCUGGAUGUUGUCCGUCUGCUGAUCGGCGAGGGCGCCGAUGUGUCGGGCCAGAGCGGGAUCCUGGCGUUGCGCGCGGCAGCCAGAGCCGGCUGGGUCGAGAUCGUCAGGGAGCUGGUUCGCGCUGGCGCCUGCUCCAGCGACGACGAGUUCAGGCGCUGUGCGAUGCGGUCACGCCCCAUGAGGAGACUUUUGGGAAUGGAACAUGGGAUGGAGUUCCUGUACUAG